AGGAAAAACCAGUCCAUGGCAACGAGAGUGCUUUACGACAGUUAUUUAACGUAUUACGGUGGCCGGUGUCGUAUAUUUUGCAGAAUCACCAUGGCGUUGAAAGAGACUGCAGGGCUCUAUGAGACACUGAAAACGGAGUGGAACAAGAAAAACCCAAACCUGAGUAAAUGUGGAGAACAUCUGAGCAAACUUAAGGUUUCAUUACUGGAGCUGAACUUCUUACCUACCAGUGGGUCUGCGCUCACAAAGCAGCAGCUCAUUUUAGCCCGUGAUGUCCUUGAAAUUGGAGCUUUGUGGAGUAUCCUCAAGAAGGACAUCCCAUCGUUUGAGAGAUACAUGGCCCAGCUAAAAUGUUACUACUUUGAUUACAAGGAUGAACUGCCUGAAGCUGCCUACAUGCAUCAGUUACUUGGACUGAACCUGCUCUUCCUGCUCUCACAGAACCGUGUGUCUGAGUUUCACACAGAACUGGAGAGACUGAGUGCACGAGAUAUUCAGGCCAACGUAUACAUCAGACACCCAGUGUCCCUAGAGCAGUACUUGAUGGAAGGAAGUUACAACAAGGUCUUUCUUGCCAAAGGCAACAUCCCUGCUGAGAGCUACACCUUUUUUAUAGAUAUUCUGCUGGACACAAUUCGUGAUGAGAUCGCAGGUUGCAUAGAAAAAGCAUACGAGCAGAUCCAGUUCAGUGAGGCCACCCGGGUGCUUUUCUUCAGUUCCCCCAAAAAGAUGACAGAUUAUGCCAAGAAGAGAGGAUGGAGUUUGAGCCCAGAUGGCUAUUACUCUUUCACCACUCAGCAGCAGCGGACAGAAGAGGUGACCAUCCCCUCUACGGAGCUGGCACAGCAGGUCAUCGAAUAUGCACGACAGCUGGAGAUGAUCGUGUAAUCCGCCCCAGGAACACACUCCGACACACGGGCCGCUGAUCCAGUGUACAUCCAGUCGGCUCAAAUGUGGUUUCCUUAAGGAACAUGACUUAAAUGAAAGCAGAGUGGUUGGUUUGUUGCCUAUAUUUAAAAAAAUCAAUCAACAUUUAUUUUUCAUGUAUUCCAGUUAUCUGGAGGUCUUUCUGUCUGGAAGUUUUUUCAUUUUAAGAGAUGGGGAACAAAACUAAAAGUAUCACAGGUGACGCGUCUGUAGUCAGCAAUUGCUACAUAUGUACCUUUAUUGAAGAAAUUCAUGGGUUUCAAUAUUCUAGUUAGUUAUUUUAUCCAAGACAACAUUAAAACUGAUCUUUUUAUGGGUUAGGGCCAAAACCAAGUCAGUACCCCUGAGCAUCAGGUCUGUAACAACUACUAGUAAGUUCAUUACAGUCACAGUCCUGUUACUUAGUUAGUGUGACACAAAACUAUCAACUGAACAUUUUUCCUCCAAAUUCAAGCGGACUCUUUUUCUAUACAAAGUUAAUUUACUCUUUAGUAAAUCCCACAGAAAUGUAUCGCCCUUGCCUUGUAUCCUAGCAACUGACAGAAUUUCCUUUUGAAGUUUGUGUGUUUUCUAAGUGGUAAUGCCUCUUCCACCUGAGAUGCUUUGUAAUUCAGUUGAUAUUACAAUGCAAAUCUUUGUCUGCAAUAAACCAUUCAGAAAAUACA